AUGCAGAAGAGCCUGGGAGACAAUGAUGUCCUCCCUCCAGAUGUGCAGCGUCAGCAGUUCAGGCAGUUUCAGUAUCAGGAGGCCGAGGGGCCCCGAGAGGUGCAGGAGAGGAUGGCGCAGGAGCGUUACCACGGAGCAAUCUUUCCAGGUGAUGCCAUCAAACCUAUGAUGGAGAAUCAUGAUGGAGGAAAAGCGGCUUCUGUACAGCCAGAUCGGGGUCUGGUGACCUUUCAGGAGGUAUCCAUUCAUUUCUCUGAGGAGGAGUGGGGCCUGCUGGAUCCAGAUCAAAAAAGGCUUCACAAGGAAGUCAUGGCGGAGAAUUAUCAGAAUGUGGCCUCCCUGGCUGCUGAUGUUCCCCCGAAAAAGCCCAAGGGUGAACCACAACACCUAAUAUUUGCUGAAAAGCAGCAGAAAAGAAACGCUGGAACAAAACGGAAGAAGGGGAAGGAAUGUACUGCUUCUCAGACUGCUGAAUCCCAGGUGUUUAAUCCACAGUGGAGAAUCCACACAGGGGAGAAGCCUGAUAAGUGCUUGAAGGGUGGAAGCAGCUUUGUUUGGAAGAGAGACCUCCCUGGCCACCAGCGUAUCCACAAUGGAGAGGAAACAUAUAAAUGCUUGCAGUGUGGAAAGAGCUUUGCUCGGCGUUCAAAGCUUACUAUCCAUCAGCGUAUCCACACUGGGGAGAAACCUUAUAAAUGCUUGCAGUGUGGAAAGACCUUUGCUCAAAAUUCACAGCUCACAUUCCACCAGCGUUUCCACACUGGGGAAAAACCUUAUAAAUGCUUGCAGUGUGGAAAGGGCUUUGCUCAGAGUUCUGAUCUUAUUGUCCAUCAGCGUAUCCACACUGGGGAGAAACCUUAUAAAUGCUUGCAGUGUGCAAAGGGCUUUGCUUCGAGUUCAAAACUUACUAUCCAUCAGCGUAUCCACUCUGGGGAGAAACCUUAUAAAUGCUUGCAGUGUGGAAAGGGCUUUGCUUCGAGUUCAAACCUUAUUGUCCAUCAGCGUAUCCACACUGGGGAGAAAACUUAUAAAUUUUUGCAGUGUGGAAAGAGCUUUGCUUCGAGUUCAGAGCUUAUUGUCCAUCAACGUAUCCACACUGGGGAGAAAACUUAUAAAUGCUUGCAGUGUGGAAAGGGCUUUGCUUCGAAUUCAGAGCUUACUAUUCAUUACCGUAUCCACACUGGGGAGAAACCUUAUAAAUGCUUGCAGUGUGGAAAGAGCUUUGCUCAGACUUCAUGUCUUAUUGCCCAUCACCGUAUCCACACUGGGGAGAAACCUUAUAAAUGCUUGCAGUGUGGAAAGGGCUUUAUUCGAAGUUCACACCUUACUCUCCAUCAGCGUAUCCACACUGGGGAGAAACCUUAUAAAUGCUUGCAGUGUGGAAAGGGCUUUGCUUCGAGUUCAGACCUUACUGUCCAUCACCGUAUCCACUCUGGGGAGAAACCGUAUAAAUGCUUGCAGUGUGGAAAGGGCUUUGCUUCGAGUUCAAACCUUACUGUCCAUCAGCGUAUCCACACUGGGGAGAAACCUUAUAAAUGCUUGCAGUGUGGAAAGGGCUUUGCUGAGCGUUCAAAACUUACUAUCCAUCAGCGUAUCCACACUGGGGAGAAACCUUAUAAAUGCUUGCAGUGUGGAAAGGGCUUUGCUUCGAGUUCAGACCUUACUGUCCAUCAGCGUAUCCACUCUGGGGAGAAGCCUUAUAAAUGCUUGCAGUGUGGAAAGGGCUUUGCUUCGAGUUCAGACCUUACUGUCCAUCACCGUAUCCACACUGGGGAGAAACCUUAG